GGGUGACGGAGGGAGCCGAAGUGCGAGUGCCGCGGCGGUAGCGGCGGCGGACGGCCCAGCCCCAGCGCGGGGGUCUCGUGGGGGGCGCGGGGGCUCAGGGGCGCAGAGCCGGGGACCCCGGGACCCGGGAGGCGGCGCGUCCCGGGCCGCCAGAGGAGCGCGGGCGGCCUGGCGGCGGCGCGAUGCCGCUCGCCCAGCUCAAGGAGCCCUGGCCGCUCAUGGAGCUGGUGCCGCUGGACCCGGAGAAUGGACAGGCCUCAGGGGAAGAAGCUGGACUGCAGCCAUCCAAGGAUGAGGGCGUCCUCAAGGAGAUCUCCAUCACGCACCACGUCAAGGCUGGCUCUGAGAAGGCCGACCCGUCCCAUUUUGAGCUGCUCAAGGUUCUGGGCCAGGGAUCCUUUGGCAAAGUCUUCCUGGUGCGGAAGGUCACCCGACCUGACAGUGGGCACCUGUAUGCCAUGAAGGUACUAAAGAAGGCAACGCUGAAAGUGCGUGACCGCGUUCGGACCAAGAUGGAGAGAGACAUCCUAGCGGAUGUAAAUCACCCGUUUGUGGUGAAGCUGCACUAUGCCUUCCAGACUGAGGGAAAGCUCUAUCUUAUUCUGGACUUCCUGCGUGGCGGGGACCUCUUCACGCGGCUCUCUAAGGAGGUGAUGUUCACGGAGGAGGACGUGAAGUUUUACCUGGCUGAGCUGGCUUUGGGCCUGGACCACCUGCACAGCCUGGGCAUCAUUUACAGGGACCUCAAGCCUGAAAACAUCCUUUUGGACGAGGAGGGCCACAUCAAACUCACUGACUUUGGCCUGAGCAAGGAGGCCAUUGACCAUGAAAAAAAAGCCUAUUCCUUCUGCGGGACGGUGGAGUACAUGGCCCCUGAGGUUGUCAACCGCCAGGGCCACACCCACAGCGCGGACUGGUGGUCCUAUGGGGUGUUGAUGUUUGAGAUGCUGACCGGCUCCCUGCCCUUCCAGGGGAAGGACCGGAAGGAGACCAUGACGUUGAUUCUGAAGGCGAAGCUAGGCAUGCCCCAGUUUCUGAGCACGGAAGCCCAGAGCCUCCUGCGGGCCCUGUUCAAGCGGAAUCCUGCCAACCGGCUUGGCUCCGGCCCUGACGGGGCAGAGGAAAUCAAGCGGCAUGCCUUCUACUCUACCAUUGACUGGAAUAAGCUAUACCGUCGUGAGAUCAAGCCGCCCUUCAAGCCAGCUGUGGCACAACCUGAUGAUACCUUCUACUUUGACACUGAGUUCACGUCCCGCACACCCAAGGACUCCCCGGGCAUCCCCCCCAGCGCUGGUGCCCAUCAGCUAUUCCGUGGCUUCAGCUUCGUGGCCACUGGCCUGAUGGAAGACGAUGGCAAGCCUCGGGCCACGCAGGCACCACUGCACUCAGUGGUACAGCAACUCCAUGGGAAAAACCUGGUUUUUAGCGAUGGCUACAUCGUAAAGGAGACGAUCGGUGUGGGCUCCUACUCCGUAUGCAAGCGCUGUGUCCAUAAGGCCACCAAUAUGGAGUACGCUGUCAAGGUCAUUGACAAGAGCAAGCGGGAUCCCUCGGAAGAGAUUGAGAUUCUUCUGCGGUACGGACAGCACCCCAACAUCAUCACUCUGAAAGACGUGUACGAUGAUGGCAAGCACGUGUAUCUGGUGACAGAGCUGAUGCGGGGUGGGGAGCUGCUAGACAAGAUCCUGCGGCAGAAAUUCUUCUCCGAGCGGGAGGCCAGCUUUGUCCUGCACACUAUUAGCAAAACCGUGGAGUAUCUGCACUCCCAGGGGGUUGUUCAUAGGGACCUCAAGCCCAGCAACAUCCUGUACGUGGACGAGUCUGGGAAUCCCGAAUGCCUGCGCAUCUGUGACUUUGGCUUUGCCAAGCAGCUGCGGGCUGAGAAUGGGCUCCUCAUGACACCUUGCUACACUGCCAACUUUGUGGCACCUGAGGUGCUAAAACGCCAGGGCUACGAUGAAGGCUGCGACAUUUGGAGCCUGGGCAUUCUGCUGUACACCAUGCUGGCUGGAUACACUCCAUUUGCCAACGGACCCAGUGACACACCAGAGGAAAUCCUGACCCGGAUCGGCAGUGGGAAGUUCACCCUGAGUGGGGGAAAUUGGAACACCGUGUCAGAGACGGCCAAGGACCUGGUGUCCAAGAUGCUGCAUGUGGACCCCCACCAGCGCCUCACAGCUAAGCAGGUGCUGCAGCACCCGUGGAUCACCCAGAAAGACAAGCUCCCGCAGAGCCAACUGUCCCACCAGGACCUACAGCUUGUGAAGGGAGCCAUGGCAGCCACCUACUCUGCACUCAAUAGCUCCAAGCCCACCCCUCAGCUGAAGCCCAUCGAAUCAUCAAUCCUGGCCCAGCGGCGGGUGAGGAAGCUGCCAUCCACCACCCUGUGAGAAGCCACGUCGUUCCGGCCACAGGGCGGUGCUAGCUUGAUGGAGGCGGCAUACUUCCCAGAUGGAGCAGGCCUGAGUCCCAGGGCCAGAGGGAGCGGAGCCCCGAGGGGCCCAGGAAGCAGCCAGCCCAGGUCACCCCCACUGAGGGUGUGAGAAGUGCCUUCUCCUUUCCCGGGAUGGACUCUUCUCGGCUCAUGCUCUGCUGGUUGAAAUCAGUUCACUGUACAAACUCAUCUUUUUUUAAGGAAAAAAUGGCAUCAAACGCCAUGGAUUUUUUUACAAGAUCCAUUUGCCUUUCCGGGAGUGGAAAUAGUGCGGCUCCAGGAGGGGCACUGCAUCACACCAGGGCUCUCUGUGGCAGAGAAUCCUUAGAGCUUUGGCAUCUACCCCGGGGCCCCCCACGAAGGGCCAUCCGUAAGCCAUCUGCACAUACCUCCAAGGCAGUCCAGCACCACCUUCUAGAGCCCUCGGCUGUUUAGUGGAACUUGCUCUACUCGCGGUCAGCUCCUUUUCCGUUCUGUUCUGCUGGGGGGCGGCGGGGUCGGUCUAAACCUCUUCCUGCUAGAAGAGAGGACCAGGACCCUGUGACCCGCAGCUCAGGCACCAGCAUCUUCACCGGCCCCGCCAGGUGGUUCCCUGCAGGGAGAUUGGGCAGCCCCAGGAGGAGGACCCAGAAAGCACUUUUGGGCUGACUCGUGUUGGAGUCUGCUCCGGACAGAGUUCACGAGAGGCCUGUGGGGCGGGCCGAAAGACGCAGGGGCUCUUUUUCAUUUCUUCCUCAGCUGGUUACUCAGGGUUCAUCUGUCCAUGGCCUUUCUAAUAAACUUGCAGUUGAGUUGAAGCACA